AUGUCUGCUGCUCCAGCUCAAGGUGAAGUUCCAACUUUCAAAUUAGUUCUUGUCGGUGAUGGUGGUACCGGUAAGACCACUUUUGUCAAGAGACAUUUAACUGGUGAAUUUGAAAAAAAAUAUAUUGCUACGAUUGGUGUUGAAGUUCAUCCAUUAUCAUUCUACACAAAUUUCGGUGAAAUCAAAUUCGACUGUUGGGAUACUGCUGGUCAAGAAAAAUUCGGUGGUUUAAGAGAUGGUUACUACAUUAAUGCUCAAUGUGGUAUCAUCAUGUUCGAUGUCACUUCAAGAAUCACUUACAAGAAUGUUCCAAACUGGCACAGAGAUUUGGUCAGAGUCUGUGAAAAUAUUCCAAUCGUUCUUUGUGGUAACAAAGUCGAUGUUAAAGAAAGAAAAGUUAAGGCUAAGACAAUUACUUUCCACAGAAAGAAGAAUUUACAAUACUACGAUAUCUCUGCCAAAUCUAAUUACAACUUCGAAAAGCCUUUCUUAUGGCUUGCAAGAAAGCUUGCUGGUAACCCACAAUUAGAAUUUGUCGCUUCUCCAGCUUUAGCCCCACCAGAAGUCCAAGUUGAUGAACAAUUAAUGCAACAAUAUCAACAAGAAAUGGAACAAGCUACCGCUCUACCAUUGCCUGAUGAAGAUGACGCUGAUUUAUAA